CUUAUCCACAACCUUACAACCUGGAAAAUACGAGUACCUGAGUACGGUCGCUUACUCUAGCUGUCAUGAUCAAGAAACGAACACGUCCAAACGUCCGCGUACGCGAGGUUUCUCCAGACCCACCACCAACAACCACACAGUCUACCUCCGAACCUAAUACGUUCUUCGAGCCCGGUGCGGAAGACAGCCUGACAACACAAGAGGAAGAAGAUAAACUUUCAGUAGCCGAACUUGUCGAACUGCGCAAGUUGAGGAAGGCAAGACAGGGUAUCGAUGUCACUAGGUUAAAUAAGCCCGAGGUGAAGAAGAAGAAAAAGAAGAAGGUGGAGGAGGGAGAGGGAGAAGAGGAGCAGUAUGGGUUGAAGAUGGGGACAGGGAAGGGUAGAGAAGAAGACGAGGAUGAUGAAAUGGAAGACAAGGAUGCGAAAGCUCGUAGGGCCGUUCGUACGAAUAACUUCACACAACAGACGAAUGCUCUCGAUGUCGACAAACAUAUGAUGGCCUACAUCGAAGAGAACAUGAAGCUUCGACAUGCCCAAAACUCAUCCACGCCUGACCCAGAAGCAGCACCAAAAUACCUAGACCCCCAAGAAGAACUAUACCGCCUCUCCGAGAAAUACAAGGUCGAGAAGAAAGCUCAGCCGAACGAAGAGGGCAGUGUGACCAACAGUCUUGCUAUGCUGACUGCGAUUCCAGAGGUCGACCUUGGCAUGGACACACGACUGAAGAAUAUCGAAGAGACAGAAAAGGCUAAGCAGGCUCUCACACAAGCUCGUAAGGACCGUCAAAAGAGGCAGAACGACGACGAAGAACAUCUUGCUGCUGCUCGAUUUUUCCGACCGAAUACGCGUAUGAAGUCCGACGCUGACAUCAUUCGCGAUGCAAAGCUGGAAGCAAUGGGCCUUCCACCCGCAGAGGACAAUGAGCCGCACCGCGGAAACCGACCAAGACACGACCGGCCGCAGAUGGCGACUGAUGAAAUGGUCAUGGAGCGGUUCAAGAAGCGGAUGCGAAAGUAGUCGUGGCCCGUCGUCCAAUGUCUCUCUUGGUCUGGUUGUUCUUUUGUUUUGUACUUUGUGUGUUAUAUAUCAGUUGUACCUCGCUUCUUUCAUCGAUUAUUCAUCACUGAGCCCAAUAGUCC